CCCUACAUCGCAAGAGGUCAAAAAACCCCGGGGCUUAAACAAACCCUUCCUUCCAGCCGCCGCCACUAUAUGCUUAUCUGCCUCCGACGAGGCCUCUCCCUCCUCCGGCAGCGCCAGCCCCGGCUCCCGCCCCGCCUCCUCCUCCACCUCUCCGCCGAGCCGAUGGGCGACCCGGCCGUCGCGCCGGACGCCGCCUACCUGGAGGCGGUGACGCAGAAGCGGAUCCGCAUCUUCGAGGAGAUCCAGGCCCGGCAGGCCCUCGAGCGCCUCAACAUCGGCGGCGACCCCAUCAGAGUAACUUUGCCUGAUGGUGCGAUAAAGGAAGGCAAGAAGUGGAUAUCGACCCCGAUGGAUAUCGCCUCGGGGAUAUCAACUGGGCUGGCCGCUAGCUGCCUGAUAGCGCAGGUGAAUGGUGUGCUCUGGGACAUGACGAGGCCAUUGGAAGGCGACUGUGACUUGAAGCUGUUCAAGUUCGACAGCAACGAAGGGCGUGACACGUUCUGGCACUCGAGUGCUCAUAUUCUUGGAGAGUCUAUCGAGAGGGUGUAUGGCUGCAAGUUGUGCAUUGGACCUUGUACUACAAGAGGAGAGGGUUUUUACUACGACGCCCACUACAAGGACUUGACACUGAAUGAUACACACUUUGGUCUCAUUGACAAGCAAGCUAAAAAGGCUGUUGCGGAGAAGCAACCAUUUGAACGCAUUGAAGUCUCCAGAGCAGAAGCUCUUGAAGUUUUUGCGGAAAAUGAAUUUAAGGUUGAAAUAAUUAACGAAUUGCCCGAGGACAAGACCAUUACAGUAUACAGAUGUGGUCCUUUGGUCGACCUUUGCCGUGGCCCGCACAUCCCAAAUACUUCCUUUGUUAAAGCUUUCGCUUGCCUCAAGGCUUCAGCAUCAUACUGGAGAGGAAAAGCAGACCGUGAAAGCCUGCAGAGAGUAUAUGGAAUCUCUUUCCCUGAUUCUAAACGUCUCAAGGAAUAUCAACAUAUGAUAGAGGAAGCUAAGAAACGCGAUCAUAGGUUAUUGGGGCAGUCCCAGAAACUCUUCUUUUUCCAUCCACUUAGCCCAGGUAGCUGCUUCUUCCUUCCAAAUGGCGCUAUAAUAUAUAACAAAUUGAUGGAUUUUUUGCGCAAGGAGUAUAGAGAGAGAGGCUACCAAGAGGUUCUGAGUCCAAAUAUUUACAACAUGCAACUUUGGGAAACCUCUGGACAUGCUGCAAACUACAAGGACAACAUGUUUGUUUUUGAGAUCGAGAAACAAGAAUUUGGCCUUAAGCCAAUGAAUUGUCCUGGCCAUUGCCUAAUGUUUGGACACGAGGUUCGAUCGUAUAGAGAGUUGCCUCUCCGCAUGGCUGAUUUUGGAGUUCUGCACAGAAAUGAACUUAGUGGUGCACUUACAGGUUUGACACGUGUCAGAAGAUUCCAACAGGACGAUGCCCAUAUUUUUUGCACGGAGAGCCAAAUCAAGGAUGAAGUUCGGUCUUGCUUGGAGUUCAUUGAUUAUGUUUAUAAAAUAUUUGGGUUUGAAUACGAGCUGGAGUUAUCAACGAGACCAGAGAAGUAUUUAGGUGACAUUGAGACCUGGAACAAAGCAGAGCAACAACUGACAGAAGCAUUGAAUGAGUUUGGGAAGCCAUGGAAGAUAAAUGAAGCAGAUGGUGCUUUCUAUGGCCCGAAAAUAGAUAUUGGUGUGUUUGAUGCCCUCAAGAGGAAAUUUCAGUGUGCAACUCUACAGCUCGAUUUUCAGCUGCCACUUCGCUUCAAGUUGACUUAUUCUGCAGAGGACGAAGCCAAGCUUGAGAGGCCUGUAAUGAUACACAGGGCAAUACUAGGAUCAGUUGAAAGGAUGUUUGCCAUUCUUUUGGAGCACUAUAACGGUAAAUGGCCGUUGUGGUUAAGCCCCCGACAAGCCAUUGUUUGCUGUGUAUCUGCCAAUUCACUAACAUAUGCAAAAGAGGUUCAUGCUCAGAUACGUGCAGCUGGUUUUCAUGUUGACAUUGACAUGACUGAUAGAACAAUUCAAAAGAAGGUGCGGGAGGCUCAGUUAGCCCAAUUCAACUAUAUUCUAGUCGUCGGCGCAAAAGAGGCAGAGUCUGGAAAGGUCUCUCUGAGGGUAAGAGACAGGGCAGACCUAUCCACAGAGAACAUUGCUGACGUCAUUGCACGUUUUAACGAUGAAGUUGCGUCUUUCCAGUGAUUUUUAAGUCGCUUCAUCUUCUUUUGUUAAGACAUCUACUGCACAGCCCACAUUGUAAUUUGGUGAAGUGUGAGGUGAAUGAAAAUCGUGAUACUAUUGUUCA